AAUAUAUUAGCAAGCUUGUAUGGCAUCAACUGGAGACCAGGAAUGCUAAUAAAUACUCCAUAGAUAGAAUAAAAAAUUUGGAAAAUGCAUUUAGUUCAUUUAGAAAAAGAAUACAGCAAAACGAAUCAAUAAAAAAACAACCAAGAAAUGUCAAGAAAUGUCGCUGAUGCAGCCAGAAAAUUUCUCUUACUUGGACAAUGUGUACCGACUGUUAAACAAAAUGCUGCAAAAAUCAGAGUAAAGAGGUUAGAAUUAGAUGAAAAUCUUUUAAUGUAUUUUAGGAAAGAAGAGUUUUACUAUUGCCACGAUUCAGAAAAAAUAUGCAAAACUGGAGACAUAGUCCUGAUCCAAGCAUUACCUGAGAAGCUAACAAAGUUAAUAACCCAUGAAAUAAAAGAAGUCGUUUAUCCGUUUGGCGAUAUAACAGACCCUGUUACAGGCAAGAAAGUUUCUAAAGAGCAAUAUAAAGAAGAUAUAGAAAGACAAACUGAAUUGUAUGGAAGGUUAAAGUCUACGUUCAACUACAGUAAAGCUCCACCGAGAGGCUGGCAGGAUGGCAAAAAAGAUUUUACUUCUAAACCAACGUACACAAAGUUCCAUGUUUUUGAUGAAAAUGAUCCAUAUGGUAUUUGAUUCCAUAACAUUCAUUUAGUUAAAUUAGUGAACAUAAUAAUGCAAAUUCUAGUAGUAAAAAAAUGUAAUUAUUGAACAUUUAAUAAAUAAAGCUACCAACUAU